UUAAUCUGAUGUCUGAAAAACCCCAAAAGUAAAAAAUCUUCUAAACCCAAAACGUCUCCCAAAUUCAAGUUUCAAAUAGCACUGCUCCCCACGACACACUCCCCCCUCCCCCACCUACCCCAUCUUCAAAAUCUUCUCUCUCUACUGCAAUGCCCGGUUUCCUGAAACAAUCUCUAUACUUCUCUACUACAUAUACAUAGACCAUAGCAAAUUGUAUCUCCAUUUCUUGUAAUUUUUCUAUCUAGGUGUUACAUUAUUCUGCUCCUUAUAGGUAGCAAAAGGUUGAAGAUAUGUUUAUGAAGAAGAUUCUUAAAUGCAGCUUCAUUUUGAGCUGAUUUUCUUUUUAUUGAAGCUUUGUUCCCAUUCUGCAGCUAUGUAUUUUGAAUGUUUGCAGAAAAGUUAGGGUUUAUAGAGCUUAUUUUAGUAUUUUGGACUAGGGAUUUGUUUUUGCAAUGAAUAGAAGUUUUAGAGCAGAGGAAUCUGGGCAAAGGCAGAGGCAGCAGCUAAUGGGGAGUAUUAGGAGCUCAGACGAGGAACUAUCGUUGUUUCUCGAAAUGCGGAGAAGGGAAAAAAGAAAUAAUAAUCUUUUUCUUCAAAAACCUGACGAAUUUGAUCCCCUUGGAUCAAAAAAUGGUACUUCACCAGCAUUUAAUAUUGCAUCAGCUGCACCCGUUCGGAGGUCUCGUGCUGAUGAUUUCCUUAAUGCUGACAAUGAUAAAUCGGAUUAUGACUGUUGUUCAGGGAUAGGUGCCGCAACCCCUCCCNAUAGAGCUCAUCCAACUGCAUUGACAUCUAGAUUAACGAAUACUCUCCCAGAGGCCACUGCAAGAAGCAACAUAGCAUCUAGACAGCUAGCUUCCUCUCCUGGAUUAAACUCUUCAAGUUCAAGUCUUCGAAGACCAUCUUCUUCAGGUGGAUCAAGAACUUCAACUCCGACUGGUAGGCCAACAUUAAGCUCAUCUAGAUCCACCAUGACUUCAGCAUCUAGAUCCACAUCCAAUGCUGCAACCAAAGCGAUGACAUCCACUGCAACCUCUAAAACAAUGUCAACCACUACGACAUCUAGAUCAUCAAGGUCUGUGACACCUACUUCUCGUGCCACUAUGACUUCUGCAAAACCCACUGUUCCUUCAAGAUCUUCAACACCUACUGCAAGGUCCAAUGCAAGGUCAUCAACACCAACAAGCAGGGCCUCAAUUACUGCAUCGAAGUCCACAUCCAGGGCAGCAACUCCUACUCGUCGGCCAACGUCAAUGUCAAGUACAACAAAUACAACUAUUCCACCUGUUAAACCUUUGUCUUCCUCUUCGGGUACCAAGUCAGCUAUAACUGCAUCACGAAACUCUGCAGCCCUGCGUGCCAGUUCCCCAACUGUGAAACCCAGACCAUGGAAGCCUUCAGAUAUGCCAGGGUUCUCCCUUGAUGCUCCACCCAAUUUAAGGACAUCACUAUCUGAUCGGCCAGUUUCAGCUACAAGGGGCAGACCAGGGGCACCAAAUGCUAGAUCUUCAUCUGUUGAGCCAACUUCAAAUGGAAGGAUCAGACGACAGUCAUGCUCUCCAGCAAGAGGACGUCCUCCUAAUGGUGUGCAUAGCAGUGGAAGCUCUGUUCCUGUCCCAUCCAUGAGCCGUCUACAUGCUAAAGCCAAUGACAAUGUUAGUCCUGUCAUGGUUGGGACCAAGAUGGUUGAAAGGGUAAUAAAUAUGCGGAAGCUGGUUCGUCCGAAGCAAGAUGACAAACAUUCUCCACAUAGUAACUUAUCUGCAAAGUCUUCGUCACCUGAUAGCUCAGGCUUUGGAAGAUCAUUAUCGAAGAAAUCCUUGGAUAUGGCUAUAAGACAUAUGGAUAUAAGGCAAAGAAUCCCGGGUAAUCUGCGUCCAUUGAUGACUAAUAUUCCAGCAUCCUCUAUGUACAGUGUGAGAUCAGGGCCUAGUAGAAGCAGGACAAGCAGAUCAAUAAGUGUACCUGACUCUCCACUUGCCACGAGCAGUAAUGCUAGUUCUGAAGUGAGUGUUAGUAACAAUGCAGUGUAUUUCGAUGGAAGUGAAAUUGAUGAUGACAUUAGCAGCGACAAAGGUGUUCGAUCACCUGCCAGUGUGCAUGGGAGGUGAUGAUUGGCCUUUCCUGCUCCAGGAUGCUUUCUUGUUUUGGAUCAGUGCCAGUAUGAGACUUUUGACACCUGAAUAUGAUUGUUCCCCGGAGUAAUGACUGAUUUGGUUCACUUGAUUAUGUAAAGAUUGAUGCACUACCUAGCUGUAUUUGAAUCCUUUGUAUCAUUAGUCCUGUUAAUGCCAAAUCCUCGUUAUUGCUAAUGAGAAAUGUGACUUAUACAA